CAGAGAGGGUGGGUGAGGGGAGUUGAAUCGGCUGCAGAACAGCAUUUUAACGUUAGAAAUGCAUUGACAACUAGUACGUUAUCAGCGGUUUAAUCAGACCAUCAACAUUGCUACCGAAGAACAGGAAGCCACCAGCCUGUUUGACCCCACAACCCCCAGUAUGAAGAAGCAGCAGCAGCAGCAGCAGCAGCAGCAGCAGCAGAGUAAGGAAUCUCUGACAGACAAGAUGAAGGGCCUGUUUGGGCUGAGACAGCCACGCAUCAGUACCAGGCAAGCGGAGAGCAGACCCUCUGAGUUCAUCAUAACUGUGGACACCCUGAAGGAGCUGAAUCCCGAAUGUGGGCUGCAUAGCAGAAUCCGGGUCAUUAACCAUGUAUGUGAGCUUGCAAAAUCCAAGAAAUUUGAAGAGAAUGCGGUGGUGACUGUUUGGAAAGCAGUGGAGGAUUUGCUGCACCCUGAUCAACCGGUAGAAGCCAGACAUGCAGUGCUUCAGCUACUCAAAGCUAUCAUCCAGGGCCAGGGUGAAAGGCUGGGGCCUCUUAGAGCUUAUUUCUUUAAGAUCGUUAAGGACUAUCCCUCCAAUGAACACCUUCACGAAAGACUUGAGGUCUUCAAAGCUCUAACAGAGAAUGGCAAGGACAUCACAUACUUGGAGGAAGACAUUGCUGGCUUUGUGCUUCUGUGGAUGGACACUGGUUUGACUGCAGAAUUCCUCCGGGUUCUUGUCAACCUUGUCAAAUUCAACAGCUGCUACUUGGAUCAGAAUGUUUCACAGAUGGUCCAUAAGAUAUGCCUCAUGUGCAACCAGACUACAGCUUCAACAGAUAUAGAGGUUUCUCUGCAAGUGCUGGAUGCUGUGGUUUGUUACAACUGCCUCCCCUCUGACUCCCUGCUUGUUUUUAUCAUCACUCUGUGCCGCACAGUGAAUGUCAAGGAGUUUUGUGAAUCCUGUUGGAAGCUGAUGCGUAAAGUCCUGGGCACUCAUUUAGGACACAGUGCGAUCUAUACCAUGUGCCACGUCAUGGAAGAGAGAGCCUACAUGGAAGAUGCAGCUGUUUUGCGGGGGGCUGUGUUCUUCGUAGGUAUGGCACUGUGGGGGGCUCACCGGCUUUCAACUCUGAAGAACACAUCGACAUCUGUGCUGCCAUCGUUCUAUAAGGCCAUGACUUGUACCAAUGCUGUGGUAUCCUUUGAAAUAGUCCUCUCGGUCACAAGAUUGAUAAAGAAGUAUGGGAAGGAGCUGCAGGAUGUCACGUGGGACAUUCUUCUCAACAUCAUUGAAAAGUUACUUCAGCAAAUUCAGACUUUAGGUAAUCCUGAACUGAAGUCCAUUGCACACGAGCUGCUGUCCACAGUAGAGGAGCUGUAUGAACAGAACGGUUACCACGGCUCCCACGAGAGGUUCUUUGGGCUGAUAGAAACAUGUUCAGAUACAAGACCUGAAGCCUCUGUCUUGACGCUGUUGUCAUUCCAAGCUCAUUCCAUUCACCCAGCGAAAGAUGGCUGGAUUCAGAACCUACAGAGGCUGAUGGAAAAGUUCUUCAGGAAUGAGACCAGGAGUAACAUUAGAAUCAAAGUUCUUGACAUCCUGUCGUUUGUGCUCAGCAUUAACCGACAGUUAUAUGAGGAGGAGCUGAUUGAGUCGGUGGUGAUUCCCCAGCUCAGUCAGAUUGCUGAUGACAAGCACCUUCAUGUUCGCAGGCUGGCCACACAGCUGCUGGUUGACCUGGCUGAGGACUGCAACACUCAUCAUUUCAACAGCCUCCUGGACAUUAUAGAGAAGGUGGUGAACCGGCCGUUGUUUUACCCUGUUGCUGCUGAGGCAGUAGAUGGGGAGGUUGCUUCUGAGUCUCCAAUGGAAGAUGUAAAGACUGCAGUCCUUGGACUUCUGGAGAUAUUACAGACCAAACUGUACACCUUGCCAGCCAGCCAUGCCAGCAGAGUCUACGAGCUACUGAUCAGCCACAUCCAGCUACACUACAAGAACAAGUACUCCUCAGCCAUUGCCAGCAGCAUUCGCCUACAGGUUUUUGAUUUCCUCUUGCUCCUGCGUGCUGACUCCCUCCAUCGUUUAGGGGUUCCUAAUAAGGAUGGUGUGGUGAGGUUUAGCCCAUACUGCCUCUGUGAUUUGGGUGAGCAGGAGAAGAGAACAAAUGAAAAGAAACCGCCAGGAACAGUGUCUCCCCCUGCUGGUAGUCCUACUCCAAGCAACCAGACCUCAUCCUUAAUUCGCAUGGGCUACCUCCCCUUCUCGUUGGCUUUUGGGCUAUUGUUGCAGUGUUUGAAACUGGAGACCGACUGGAAGGUUGUGAAGCUGGUUCUUGAUAAGCUGCCAGAGUCUCUGCAGUACAAAGUUCUUAUCUUGUCUUCUCCAUGUAACAUUGACCAACUGGGCACUAUUCUGUGUGCUAUGUUCACAGAUCGGCUGGUUUCGGAGCGGUCACGCAAAAUCACGGAUAGUUUUCCCCGAGCUGAUGCUCAGCUGAGUGUGGUUCCGGUGCUGGCGGCUUUAUCCUCCUUCCAUAAGUACCUGGAGCAGGGCAGACAGAGGGAGCUGGUUCAGUGUUUGAUUUGCCGGUGCGGCAGGCAGUGUAUUGUAGCACUCUCAAUGUGCACCAUCGAGAUGCCAGAUGUUAUGGUCAAACUGCUUCCUGCCUUGAUUGUGAAACUCACUCACAUUUCUGCCACUGUUGCUAUGGCCUCUCCUAUGUUAGAAUUUCUAUCAACUUUGGUCAGGCUUCCACACCUGUAUGCAAACUUUGUGGCUGAACAGUACGUGAGCGUGUUUGCUCUGUCCUUGCCGUACACCAACCCUUCCAAGUUUAACCAGUAUAUAGUGUCUUUGGCCCAUCAUGUAAUUGCCAUGUGGUUCAUCCGAUGUCGUCUCACAUUUCGGAAGGACUUUGUGCAGUACAUCACAAAGGGUUUGAGAUCCAAUGCUCUUCUUCCAUUUGAUGAAAGCCAGGAACAGAGCAGCUUCCGAGCACGCAGCACCAGUCUCAAUGAGAGGCCCAAGAGUCUGCGGACUGCAAAAUUCGCAAAGCCAGGCUUCAAUAACUCCUCCCCAGUUAAAGAGCUGAAAGAUCUCUCUGGUAUCGAUGCCUUCCGCUCCCGCAGCAUCAGCGUAUCCGAGCACGCCGUGCGCAGGAUGCAGACUUCCAUGACCACCAGCAGCCUGGGUUCUGCAGACGAGAGCUCUGUGGCUGAGGCUGACGAUGGCUUGAGGACCGUCCAUCUGGAGCUGACAGAGACCUGUCUGGACAUGAUGGCGAGAUACGUCUUCUCCAACUUCUCCGCCCUGCCCAAGAGAUCCCCUGUUGCUGAGUUCUUGCUGACUGGAGGAAGAAGCAUGACCUGGCUGGUUGGAAACAAGCUGGUUACCAUAACAACCAGCAGUGGAGCUAGGACCCGAUCCCUGCUCGGCCUUGAUUUGACAGAACGUCAGAGUUUGGGAGAAAUGACAAGAUCUGACCCUUCUCUUCACACGAGACAAACCAAAGAAGCCCCUGCUAAACUGGAAUCCCAGGCAGGCCAGCAAAUCGGCAAGGCGGCCCGCAUCAGAGUGCGAUCCAUGUCAGGUGGGCACGCCCUUCGUGCUGGCACUGCUCAGAGCUUGAGUCCACUGGUGUCCCCCCCCGACAGUGAAUUCUACGACCCCCCUUCCCAGUCCAUUCAGGUUUCUGAGAACUCGGCAAACUUCAAGCUGGAGCCCUCUCUCCAGAAGGAGAAGCCAAGCCUGGGGGAGUAUGCGCCACUGCUCACCCAGGGCUGGGCAGAGAUCUUCAUCCGCAGACCCUCUGGUAACACAAGUUGGUUGAUGUGCCUGGAGAACCCUCCAAGCCCCUUUUCAUCAGAGAACGGAAGCAUGCCCCUGCAGGAGCUUUCUAAUAUCCUGAUGUCUGUGGAACGGACCAAGAAGCCCAGGGCAUCUGAAGUCUUGAAAUCAAACUUAGAGCCAAGUUCAAGCCAGGCCUAUGUGACACAGAAAACGUCUGCACUGCAGCGUUCGAACACAGAUUCGGUGGUGGUUCUGGAGGAAGGGAACAUGCUGGGCGCUCGGCCAAAGGAGAGAGCUUCACCGACAGGUAUCCAGGACCGCGAGGAGUUUGAAGCAGUGCAACCAGAGCCCAUUUUUAUGGGAGACAAAUUCAACAAUCCCCAGGAAGCCUACAGCAGAUCUUCAUCCAGCUCGAGCCAGGAAGAUGAUAAAAGCACUCCUCUGGAAUAUGUCGGAGGGGGUGUCAUCCCUAUUGAGAAAGGAAUCUUUCAAUCUGCUGGGGACCCCAUGGAGGAGGAGGAGGAGGAGGAGGAGGAUCUUUCUUUCCAGCCUUCCCAAACCAUCAACAAAUCCAGCUCUUCCCUGGAGCUUCAGACUCUGCAGGAGGCCUUCAAAGAUGCUGUGAACAAGGAAGAAACCGCUGCAGGCAAACUCAGCAUUGAAGCAGAACCGGGGCCCACUGAUGUAAAUAGCCAGUUGGAAGCAUCAGCAGGAGGAGGAGGAGGAGGAGGUGCUGGUGCUGGUUUUGGUGGUGGUGCCGGGGCAGGUGCAGCUGCUAGUGCCGGGGCCAUGCCCAGAUCCAGGUUGGAGUUUCCAGCUCCACAGCCGAAUCUCGUCUCCCCAGGCGGCCACAGACCCCGCGGACACACAAUCUCAGGGUCCACCCCGUCGCAUUGGGAGAGGAAGAUGGAUCACGAUUCCUACCACAGAGGAGCUGCUUCCAACUCUGAGAAGAUGUCUGGGAUCAGUCCUAGCUUUGUGUUUCUUCAGCUCUACCAUUCGCCUUUCUUUGGAAAUGAAUCCAACAAACCUUUACUGCUGCCCAAGUCCCAGCUCGUGGACAGGACUGUUAAAGUUCUGGAUCAAAUGCCUCCUUAUGACACCCACAAGAUUGGAGUCGUGUAUGUUGGAGAAGGGCAGAUCAAUAAUGAAGUCGCCAUCCUAUCAAAUGAGUAUGGAUCCUACAGGUAUGCCCAGUUUCUGACCGGGCUUGGCAAGUUGAUCCAUCUAAAAGACUGUGAUCCUGAUCAGAUAUUCCUUGGCGGUCUGGACCAGUAUGGUGAUGAUGGGGAGUUCACAUACUGCUGGCACGAUGACAUCAUGCAGACCAUAUUUCACAUCGCCACCCUGAUGCCAAACCGAGAGUCCGAUAAGGGCUGCUGCAACAAGAAGAGGCACAUCGGGAAUGAUUUUGUCAUCGUAGUUUACAGCGACGCGGGAGAGGAAUACAAACUCGGAACAAUCAAGGGUCAGUUUAACUUUGUUGAAGUUAUAAUCAAGCCUUUGGAUUAUGAGAGCAAUCUUGUUACUCUUCAGUGUCGUAAAGAUUUAGAAGGACUCGUUGACAUAAGUGUGGCUAAGAUCGUGUCAGACAAAAACUUAGCUCUGCUGGUACGACAGAUGGCCCUGCAUGCUAAUAUGGCUUCCCUGGUUCAUCAGUACAAAUCAAACCCAUGCGAUGCCUAUGCCUCAAAGUGGCUCGCAAGACUGCGACACAUCAAGAAGCUGCGGACACGGGCCCAACAGGAGAUGCAAUCACGCCAGACCUCCGGGAUCUCCCUGAACCAGGCCCACACCCCGAUGCAGAACAAGAGCUCCCACCAGCAGGCCGGGGCCUCGGAGCCGGGGCAGCGGAAGCACCUCGUCUCCACGGUGGAUGACUUCACUGACUUUGUUUGAUGCGCCUGAGCAUAGCAAGCUUGCUUAUUUUGCUGUGUGUGUGUGUGUCUAUAUAUAUAUAUAUAUA